GCCGGAGCUGUGUAUAUAAGCAGUUCUAUGUAGUGUUCAAUCACCAGGUAAAAGUAGCAUGGAGAGAGUAACUUCUCGUGAGGGGAGUAUUACUAGAGUACUCGCGGGCAUCGAUUUAGCAUCCUUGAUAUAAAGGGACACUGUAUAUGAGUAUUUUCAGAGUAAAUAAAUUGGAAAGUAAUAAAAAUGAGUUCUCAUCACCGUUUAAAUCCAUUGUCUGGUGAUAUUGAACACAUUAGUUACCUUUCCGAAGAUAUUGGUGCUCUUUGUCUUUCUGAUGAUUAUUCAGACAUAACUUUAAUUGUUGGUGGACAAAGAUUUAGUGGUCAUAAAAUCAUAUUAGCUGCGCGUAGUCAAUAUUUUAGAGCUCUGUUGUUUGGAGGACUAAAAGAAUCAACACAGCGUGAAAUUGAAUUAAAAGAUGCUAAUUUGCCUGCGUUCAAGGGUUUAUUUGAAUACAUAUAUACAGGCCGUAUGUCAUUAACAGACAGACGUGAGGAGGUGGUUUUGGAUAUUCUUGGAUUAGCUCAUCUUUAUGGCUUUUCAGAAUUGGAAACCUCUAUAUCAGAUUAUUUAAAAGAAAUAUUAAAUAUAAAAAAUGCCUGUCUCAUAUUUGAUGCAGCACUUCUUUAUCGAAUAGAAUUUCUUACAAAGGUUUGUCAAGAUUAUAUGGAUAAACAUGCUUGUGAAGUGAUACAGCAUGAGAGCUUUUUACAGUUAAGUGCUGCUGCUUUAAAUGAGUUAGUUUCAAGAGAUUCCUUUUAUGCACCAGAGAUUGAUAUCUUUCUAGCUGUACAAGCAUGGGUAAAAGCAAAUGCUGAUACUGAUGACAAAAGUGUUUUAGAUAAGGUACGAUUAACCUUGAUUCCUGUUAUGGAUCUGUUAAAUAUUGUUCGACCAACCGGAUUAGUUGCUCCAAACGUACUUUUAGAUGCAAUUGCUACAAGAAUACAAAUACGAGAUUCUGAUCUUACUUACAGAGGUCGAUUGCUUGUAGAUGAAAAUGUUGCCCAUGCUGUACAUGGGGCUCAAGUUCUACAGGGCGAAAUGCGUAGUUAUUUAUUAGAUGGAGAUACAAGCAACUACGAUCUGGAACGCGGGUAUACGAGGCACACCAUCACCGAAUCUCAAGAACAUGGUAUUUUAAUCAAAUUAGGAACUCAGUGUAUUAUCAAUUAUAUCAAGAUGUUACUAUGGGAUAAAGAUUUACGAUCAUAUUCUUACUAUAUAGAAGUAUCUAUGGAUCAAAACGAUUGGGUUCGAGUUAUUGAUCACAGAGAAUAUUUAUGUCGCAGUUGGCAAUAUUUAUACUUUGAACCAAGAGUAAUAUUCACGUGA